UACAACAGAGCACAGCGGCGGCGGACCUAUCUUCACUUUUAGACCCAUAAAAAAAGAAAUGCUAAUAUAAUGAAUUUUCUCAGUGAGUGUACCCGGGUCUACCUCUCAUAAUGGACGCCAGGUUGUUGUUGACGGGGUAACCGUUAGCCGUUAGCUUACUUUUCUUUUUUGUUUGUUUGGCGGAUCCUACAUGGAAUUUCUUUCCGUCGCUAGCAGAAUGCUGAAGAGACAAGGAAUGGCUUUGAUGAACGUUGGCUUGAAUAAAGGGACAUUUUUCCACAUUAAGUAAAUAGUUACACGAGACUGUUUUCAGCUGCGCUUUUUUUUUUUUUUUUAACAAAAUAAAAGAAGUUUUCCUCCCCGGUGGGACUGGCGUUGGCUGCCGGUUAUUUUUUUACGGCUCGGGCAACAGAAAGACAGACACCCCGAGGAGACCGCUCGGCUGUCUGGCUCCAGUCGUGGCCUGGGUCCGGGCACUCCCAGCUUAUCCGCUAGCAUUGGAGCACAGGGCGACAAGAAUAAAGCAAGACGGCAAGGAGACGUCUGCUGUAUAUAUCCGUGCCCCUGGAUAUCUAUAAACGUUUUUUUUUCCCCUCUAGGAUAAGGAAUUCAAUAUCUUCCAGACGGCGUCUUCCAAAACAAUGGCGUCUUAUGUGGAUAACAGCUUUCGGCAGGCUGUGAUGAUGAAUCCGGCUGAAAGGACGCAACAGGACCUGGAGAUCGUCUACUCUUAUCUCCACGGGAUGGAGGCCUUGUCCAACCUGCGAGAGCACCAGCUGAAGAUAAUGUGUGAGACGGUGCGUUAUGAGCGACAUGAAGCCAAUGAAGUGCUGUACUACCCUGACGACAUCGGAAGCUGCUGGUACAUCCUGUUGUCCGGCUCCGUCUUCAUCAAGGAGUCCAUGUUCCUGCCCAGAAGCAGUUUUGGGAAGCGGUCAGCAGGCAGCCUGCGACGCGGAUGUGAGUGCAUCGUCCUGGAACCCUCAGAGAUGAUUGUGGUGGACUAUAUGGAUGAAAAUGAGGAGUACUUCCAGCGACAAGCCUCGCACAGACAGUCCCGCCGGCGCUUUCGGAAGAUCAACCAGAAGGGGGAGAGGCAGACGAUCAUCGACACCGUGGAUCCGUACCCCACCGGAAAGCCGCCCAUAGCCCGGGGAUACCACACGGAAUGCAAUAAACCUCAGCUCCCCGCAGACUUCAGCAGACUUCACCUGGCCGACGGCUUGCACCCACAGGUGACCCACGUCUCCUCCAGCCACUCAGGAUGUAGUAUCACCAGCGACUCUGGAAGCAGCAGCCUGUCAGACAUUUACCAGGCCACAGAGAACGAACCGGGUGACAUGGACCUGAGUGGCCUGCCAGAGACCGCCGUCGACUCCGAGGAGGACGACGAUGAAGAGGACAUCGAGCGAGCGUCGGAUCCCCUCAUGAGCCGGGACAUCGUGCGUGACUGCCUGGAGAAGGACCCGAUGGACAGAACCGAUGAUGACAUAGAGCAAUUACUGGAGUUCAUGCAUCAACUGCCAGCAUUCGCAAACAUGACCAUGUCAGUGAGGAGGGAACUCUGCGCCGUCAUGGUUUUCGCCGUGGUCGAACGCGCCGGCACCAUCGUUCUCAAUGAUGGAGAGGAGUUGGACUCCUGGUCAGUGAUUCUGAACGGGUCGGUGGAGGUGACGUAUCCAGACAGCCGGACAGAGAUCCUGUGUAUGGGCAACAGCUUCGGGGUGUCACCAACCAUGGAAAAGGAAUACAUGAAGGGCGUGAUGAAGACCAAGGUGGACGACUGCCAGUUUGUGUGUAUAGCCCAGCAGGACUACUGCUGCAUCCUCAACCAGGUGGAGAAGAACAUGCAGAAGGUGGAGGAGGAAGGGGAGAUCGUCAUGGUGAAGGAGCACCGCGAACUGGACCGCACCGGCACCAGGAAAGGACACAUCGUAAUCAAGGGCACACCGGAGCGUCUCACCAUGCACCUAGUGGAGGAGCACUCAGUGGUGGACCCCACCUACAUCGAGGACUUCCUGUUGACCUACAGGACCUUCCUCUCCAGCCCCAUGGUCGUGGGCAAGAAGCUCCUGGAGUGGUUCCACGACCCCAGUCUCAGGGACAAGGUUACACGGGUAGUCUUGCUGUGGGUAAACAAUCACUUCAACGACUUUGAGGGUGACCCCGCCAUGACUCACUUUCUGGAGGAGUUUGAAAACAAUCUGGAAAAAGAAAAAAUGUGUGGGCACCUCAGACUGUUAAAUAUAGCAUGUGCUGCUAAAGCCAAGCCGCGGCUGGUGACACUGACCAAGCCGUCCAGGGACUCUCCACUGGCGUUCAGCCUUCUCGGAGGUCAGGAGAAAGGUUUCCGCAUCUUUAUCGAUGCCGUGGAGCCCGGGAGCAAGGCAGCAGAAGCCGGCCUUAAGCGUGGGGAUCAGAUCUUGGAGGUCAACGGGCAGAACUUUGAGAAUGUCCAGCUCAGCAAAGCCAACGAGAUUCUGAAGAACAACACUCACUUGUCCAUAACUGUGAAAACAAACCUCUUAGUGUUUAAAGAGCUGCUAACGAGGCCAGAACACGAGCAUGACCUGGAUGGUGAGGAGGAACACGACAGAAAGAACGGGGCGCCGCACCUUCCAAAGAUCGGAGACAUCAAGAAGGCGAGCCGCUACUCCAUCCCCGACCUGGCGGUGGACGUGGAGCAGGUGAUGGGCCUGGAGAAGGUCAGCAAGAAAGCCAAGACCAACACGGUGGGAGGACGCAACAAGCUGAAGAAGAUCUUCGACAAGACGCUCACCAGCAUCCUGCCUCCUAAACCAUACAAUGACGUGUGCGUGGGCCAAUCGCAGGACGACAGCAUUGUGGGGAUGAAACAGUCCAAACAGAUCCCACCGGCUCUGCCCGUCAGCGGGAACCUGUCGUCGUCAAACCCGGAUCUUCUGCAGUCGCACCACCGCAUCCUGGACUUCAACAACCAGCCUGAUAUGUCAGACCAGGUGUUACGAGUCUUCAAGGCGGACCAGCAGUCUCGGUACAUCAUGAUCGGGAAGGACACGACGGCUAAGGAGGUGGUGGCCCAGGCCAUCAGGGAGUUCGCCCUGACUGCAGCAGCGGAGGCUUAUUCACUAUGCGAGGUGUCCGUCACACCAGAGGGCGUCAUCAAACAGAGGCGGUUACCAGACCAGCUUUCUAAACUAGCCGACAGGAUCCAGCUGAGCGGCAGAUACUACCUAAAGAGCAACAUGGAGACAGAGACGUUAUGUUCAGAUGAGGACGCCCAGGACCUCCUUCGAGAAGGCCAGAUCUCUCUGCUGCAGCUCAGCACGGUGGAGGUGGCCACUCAGCUGUCGAUGCGGGCCUUCGAGCUCUUCUGUGCCAUCGAGCCCACCGAGUAUAUCGACGACCUGUUCAAGCUGCGCUCCAAGACGGGCUCAGCCAGCCUGAAGCGCUUCGAGGAGGCCAUCAAUCACGAGACCUUCUGGGUGGCCACGGAGGUGACGCGGGAGCCCAACCAGCUGAAACGCAUGAAGACCGUCAAACACUUCAUCAAGAUCGCGCUGCACUGCCGCGAGUGCAAGAACUUCAACUCCAUGUUUGCCAUCAUCAGCGGUCUGAACCUGGCUCCGGUCUCCAGACUGAGGGGAACUUGGGAAAAGCUACCGAGCAAGUACGAGAAGCUGUUCGGGGACCUGCAGGACCUCUUCGAUCCUUCCAGAAAUAUGGCCAAGUACAGGAAUGUCCUCAACAAUCAAAACCUCCAGCCACCAAUCAUCCCCCUGUUCCCCGUCAUCAAGAAGGACCUCACCUUCCUACACGAAGGCAAUGACUCUAAGGUGGACGGCCUGGUGAACUUUGAGAAGCUGAGGAUGAUUGCCAAAGAAAUUCGCCAUGUUGGUCGCAUGGCGUCCGUCAACAUGGACCCGGCCCUCAUGUUCCGGACAAGGAAGAAGAAAUGGAGAAGUUUAGGGUCUCUAAGCCAGGGUAGUGCCAAUGCGGCAGUGCUCGACGUCACCCAGACGGGCGGGCACAAGAAGCGGGUGCGUCGCAGCUCCUUCCUGAACGCCAAAAAGCUUUACGAGGACGCGCAGAUGGCCAGGAAGGUCAAACAGUACUUGUCCAACCUCAGCCUGGAGACGAACGAGGAGAGCCUGCAGACGCUCUCGCUGCAGUGCGAACCCUCCAUCAGUACGCUACCCAAGAAUGCCGGUGGGAAACGACCCGACACCUCCCCAGUCGUGUCCAGAGCUGCCAGUCAACAGAGGGGCCAGUUGGCCAAAGGAAACCAGGCCCUCCAGGUCCCCGCCGUGGCCCUGUACCCAUCCCGAAAGAAAGUGCCAGUCAAAGAUCUGCCGCCUUUCGGCACCAGUUCCCCUCAGUCUCUGAAGAAGAUCCUGUCUCUGUCAGAGGAGGGGAGCGACAGGCACCGGAGGCCGCCAGAGGACACAGUGUCCAACGCCUCCUCUCAGCUCUCGUCCCCUCCCACCUCCCCCCAGAGCUCGCCCAAGAAGGGUUACAACAGGAUGGGAGACGCCUACUCAGACUCCGGUCACAGCGAGAUCUCGUCUCGCUCCAGCCUCGUCAGUAACUCGUCUUUCGACAUGGCGCAGGAGGAGAGGAGGCUCCGUCACUCUGGAGGAGUUGGGGAUUCUCACAUCGGGGGGCCGAGGCUGGAACGAAGAGCCACGACCGACCCCGACCAGUACAGCCUGGGGUCGUAUUCAUCGAUGCAGGACUGUCGGGGUAUUUACGCCGGCUGCCCGACAGUUCUCUCCUCGCCCAGUUCAGAGGAGCUAACUCAGGAUCAGGGCGAUCGCGUUUCUCUCGAUGCUGCAGACAGCGGCCGCGGCUCCUGGACUUCCUGCUCCUCCGGUUCCCAUGACAACAUCCAGACCAUGCAGCAGGGACGUAGCUGGGAGACUCUGGCCUUUAGUGUAGGCGGCGGCGGGGGCGGCAUCGGAGGGCUCCCUCCUGGCGGACCGGAGGCCUUUUUAGGAGGACCCGCUGCACUGUGGGCAGCGCAGGCCAGGGGGAGCUGGGCGUCGGCCAGCUCCUCUUCAUCCUCAGCGGCGUACUGGGGGGAGGACUCUGAGGGUGACACCGGCACCAUCAAGAGGAGAGGAGGCAAGGACGUCAACGCCGACCCAGAAACAAGUAGCAUCACAUCCACGGGGUCAGAGGACGCCAAGCACCUGAGCCGGCCGUCUCCGUCACCCAUCACCGCUGGGGGUAAAGGCCUCAUUUCGCGGAAAGAAAGCCGUUACCGCGAGCCUCCCCCGACUCCCCCCGGCUACACCGCCCUGACCAUCUCUGACCUCGCCGAGGGACAACACCCGGCCCCGUCUGUUCCCACGACCACGGCGACCCACUCGGGCCGCCGGCCUCCAGACUACACCACAGCUCUGCAGCGCUCGCGCAUGGUCACCCAGUCGCCUGACUCCCACCAGGCUCACCAGGGGGCGAAACAGCGGGCGGGCGGCCUCCACCGCACUCGCUCACCGGCCGAGGAGCAAGAGCCCGAUGAGGAAGAGGAGGGUGAGUCCUUGUCUUCCAAACUAGUCGCUCUGAGGAAGCCAAAGCCAGUGGCACAGCACACACCUGAGACUCCCAGACCAUGAGAGUGUGUGUACGGGGGUUAACAGGCAGGGCCCCUCUCCCCAAGGCAGAGGAUGAACAGGUGUCAGCGGUGUGAGGGACGACAGUGGACGUCCUCUUGCAGUAACUUGAAGUCCCCCUGGUUCGGGGUGGGCAGGAUUAAAGAGACAGACAGACAGACCAAUAGACUCAUCAUCAGUUACGUACGUGCCUGCCUCCUCCACUUGGCUCUCCCUCCUGAUCGGUGGAUUCCUCUGCUCAUCUCCCUCCCCUGCCUUAAAGCAUCAUGGGGGGUUGAAUGACCCUGCAUGCAAAAAAUACUGUGAAGAAGAAGAGAUGGAGAGAAGGUCAAAGACGAUGACAAAAUGCCUGGCACUUUGGAAAAAGACUACAGAAACCUAACUAGCGCUGGGGAGUCGACCUGGCCCCACACAAACACACACACACACACACACACACACACACACACACACACACACACACACAAAACCACAUAGAUGUUGCUGUUAGAAACGGGAGCGGCUCCUUAAGACCGGCCCCCACCCAGUGACAAACCCACCUGUUAACACAGCAGCAUCAUGACGUGUUGAGCUUCAUCUGCACUUUCUCAUUUUCUACUUUCUAGAAACAGAACAAAGUGAAAACAACGAAACAGACUUUUGUUUGAAGACGGAGAGAAAAACAGCGGUUGACUUGACUCUUAAAUUUCAACUUCCCUCUAGAUUUUCUUUUCUUGUUUUGUUUUUUUUUUUUCUCUCUCCUCUGUUUCUUUUCUUUGACUGUUUGCACUCUGGGGGGCCGAAAAGAGAAAAACCAAGUCAGCCCAUCAUCUCUCUGCCUGGACUGAAACAACCCAUCAGUUGUUGAGUGUUUGAACUCUGAAUCCAGUAUUAUCUCAUGUUCCACAUGUGAAAGCUUAUCAAGUGUUGGUUCAGCUAGGAGGAGAGAAUCAACAUGCACAGUGUACUGACAUACCUACACACACACACACACACACACACACACACACACACACACACAGUACAUCUUUUUGUACCAGUACAUAAACAAAAACACAGUUCAUUUCUAAAAAAAAAAAGAAAAAAAAAGAAAUAGCACUUUCAGCACAAUCCUAGAUGUUACCAGACAUUUGGCCUGGAUAGCAGGGUAUGAGUGAACCAUGUCUUACUGUCAUCCCACCUCGGAGCUUGUCUGGUUUUUAUCAAAGUCUUUUCAUCAUCCCGUGGCUUGCUGUUACAUCACGAGCGUACCGUUUUACUUAGUUGCCUGUUGGUGAUCUCAAAAAAGCACAUAUAGGUGAGCGACCAGCCGCUGAACACUGAGCGAACGCGCCGGCCUCUACGGCGCGUCGGAGGCGCACGAGGGGAAACUGUAACGAAAUCACAAAGUGCAGCAGCAGAAGAGAAGACUGAAGCCUGUAGAUUCACCCCGUUUGCCCAAAUGAAAAAGCUCCAGUCGGGUAUGGACGUCGGCAGGAACUGUUAUAAUUUAAUAUAAUUAGAAAGUGUGAGCGAGCGCUCGGUCACUGACGUCAGAAAAGUUUCCUCUCGUCUCUUUUCUUUUGGUCCGGAGGGACAUCGACCGAGCAGGGUAGAAAACAUCAGCAGAUUUCAGAAGCUGCUAAUGUGUGACCAGCACAGUGUGUUCCUCUAACCACCUACUGUCACAAAUGAUCUUGUACAGAGUCUUAUAAUAUACACAUUUCCCCUUCAAAAUAAAAGUAUCCACAAAUUCAGAUCUGGCUUUUAUCCCCAUGCUGAACACACGCCGCAUUUUGUGAAUGUCCAAAGCGCCUUACGAUGCCAUGAUCGCAUACAUUUCUUUGCAUGGUUGUUUUCAUCAUGAAUCACCUUGUUUCAAGAGCUCUCUUGAUUCAAGCAAUAGUGGAGUGAAAUGCCUUAUUCUAGAUACUUCCCCCGACGCUUUUUUAAUAUAUUAAGACUCGGUACAAGAUGAAGUCAAGCUUUUUCUUUCUGUUUUAUUGUUACGUGGCUUCGGACUUUGGCUGUGGCCGUUAUGUGUCACGGUGCAGUAGAUCUUUUUGUCUACACACGGUGACGCUGCACCUCUUCCUCUGCUGUUGUGCGACCAGAUUCAUCUCAGAAAAAAAAAAAAAAAAAAAAGAGAGAGGAAAAAGUCCUCUCACCUGUUUCAGACGUCAGCUCAGUGGAUGCUGUAUGUAUAUCGCUAUAACGCCUGCAUCCGGUUCUCCAGCAUUUCUCGCCAUCGAUGGAAGUGACUGAAGAUUUUGGAUUUUUUGGGGGGGGGAUUUUCUCGGACUCCGGUGGAGAAGUUGACAUUUGAAGAAACUUUUUUUUUUUUCAAGGCUGCCAAUCAGAACGAUUAGAAAUCCAAUUGUGAAAAAUGACUUUUCUUUUUUUUUUUUUUUUUUUUUUUUCUUCAAUCACUGAUUCGCACUGAUCACAUUGAUCAGUCUUGGAAACUACAGACUGAGAACAAGAUGAAUGAGUGCAGUGUUUUCCACUGUGUUCUGUGACUACAUACUAAUAAUUUCCUGGGUUUCUUUUGUUAUUGUAAUUUUUUUUUUUUUUUUUGUAAUGGCUGCAGAUAGAUUGUUAAUAAUUUGUUUGUAUUACAGUGGUGACAUGCAUCAUUCACUUUCAUUCAACUCUGAAGAUAAUGUGCAUAUUAGCGGCCGAGUCCUAUUUCGAAAAACAAAAAGUUGCACAAAAAUGUACAAGCGUAAAGAUAAGUGUAGUAGGUAGAACUGCUACUCCGUUUGAUGUGUGAUGUCAGUGAGAAAUGUACAUUUAGCUGGUGAUGACCUUCUGUUCUUCAUUCUUUCUUGUACUACUUUGACCUGUAUGUCUUUUAAAAAGACAAUUGGUGGAGUAUGUAUCAGUUGUUUUUGUAUUUUUAAUACAAUAAUUGUAAAUAUUGGUUAUAUUUUUGUUCAAAUGUACUAUGUUUAUGCCUCAACAUCCAGUUUAUAUGAAGCUGGGAAUCAAUAAAUACUGCAUAAAGAAUCAACACCUAGGUUUAAAUGCACUUAUUCAUUUCCUCUGCAUUUUGAUGUCUUUCUUUUUCUAAUUUGUUUUUUUCCUUGAGAGUUUUUUUUUUUUUCCCCCAGAUACCGUCUAGUGUUUGCACAAGUCAUGGAAGCAACUUGAAAAGUGUAACUCUCAUACUUUUCUAUCUGACCUCAGUGUGUCAGAUUUAAUAAAAAAGAGAUAUUGAA